AUGCUCAUCGUUUGUAUCUAUGUACAUAGCUUGAUCAUCAGAGGAACUGGUCUUCUAGCGCCGGCACCACUCUUGACACAUGCUACAAAUGUCGAGCCUUUAACCAUAGCUAAGGUUAACAAAUUUGCCAUCAUUGCUCUCGCUGAGGAGAUUGAAUUCAUGAUCACCGGGAGAAUUACUGGAGUCGACGUCCAUAAGGGUUGGUGUUAUGUUGGUUGCAGAAAAUGCAGCAGAGAACUCCAUCUCACUGUACCUGGUUUUGCAUGUGUCAGAUGCAACAAGCCUCAUGCUGAUGGUGAUUUAUGUUAUCGAGUAACGCUUGGCAUCGCUGAUGACACUGCUGAAGGUGUCUUUAUUUUCUUUGAUGGUGUGAUGACAAAGCUGCUUAGUCUUGAAGCACGUGAUGUCGACCAGAUGCUGGUUGAAAAAUAUGAGAACCCUGAAGAUUCUCCAGUGCCUCCGUUAAUCAAAUACAUUGAAGGGAAGACAUAUUCUUUCCACGUCAGAUUGACGUCUUAUGAUUUUACGGCGAGACGCCAGCCCUUCACUAUCACACACAUUAUUUGUGAGGAGGAAUGCACGCAUCUCAAUGGUGUAAACGACAUUGAAGCUGGUAACAGUAUACCUCUUAAGCCAGAAACUGUAAGGAUCAGUGGUGUAUCGAUCAAGUGA